CUUCAUCAAAGAUUCUAUAAAUAUGCCCCCAAUUCUUUCAAGUUCUUUUUUUUUCAUUUGAUUUCUCAUUAUUAAAGCCUACCUUUCAAAUACACUAUGAAGUUCUCCGCUGUUACUCUCGCUACUAUCUUGCUUUCCACUGCCAUUGCGGCCCCAAUGGCCGAAGCCCAGCCAAACGCCAUUGCUCUCGCCGAUUCCAACCUAUUUCUGAGCUGGUUUGGUAGCAACGGUUUUUCUAACGUCCUUGCCAACAUUGCUGGUUGUACCAUCGGCAGCAAUUCCCAGGCGUUCAACUGUAACUCCUUUGGUGACAGAUUGGUUGCCCUUGGUAACAGAUGUCAGCAGGGUAGCUAUGAUCAAAGUUGCUUCGCAAAUGCCAAGCAGCAAUUGCUUACACUCUGCGGAACCGUUCCAAACUACGGAACUCCACAGUGCAACAGCUACCUGGAUAUUGGUAACCACUUGAUCACCAUCGGCCAGAAAUACCAGUGCAACCUGGUAAAGAACCUCAACUGGGGCACCAUCGGUGACUGUGCUUCCCUGAUUGAAGUUAUUGCACCACCACCGAUCAGUCAUAGCUCCAUCUCCAGCUGCGGUGAUCAGUUAAUUUCUUGGGGUAAUUACUGCAAGUCGAACCCUGGAAUCUCGGAGGCCAAUUUGCAAAUCAUCAUGCAGGGGUGUUCUCAGCUCCAGAUCUUUACCCAAGGCUGCGCUCCAUCUUGGAAUGCCAACAAGAAGUACUGCGCCCUGGAUUUCGGUAACAUGUUGAUCAGUUACGGUAACUCCUGUAAGAGUGGCAGCGUCCCCGCCUCUAGCUUGCCAUCCAUCAACGGCUGUUUCCAGAAUUUGAGCCCAUGCUUCUAAGUGGUAUCUCUGUUGCAG